UUUCUCCCCCUCAGUGAACGUGGUGGAUUUCUGUGGCCAGACGAUUCGUAGAGAUGGCAUGAUCGUCAACUCACACGCUGAAUCCAAGAAGUACUACUUUGUGACCAUGGGGACUGACUGCCAAAUCACCAUGCAGGCUUCAUCCCCCAAAGACAAGGUUCAGUUUUACUUCCGCUUCUUCCUUGUCUACAGCUUGCUUCGAGUGACACCUCUAGAUCCCACCCCUUUGUUCCCAGAGUCCCCUCCAAGCUAUGUUCCUCUUAACCCCACACUAGAGUCCGGUUCUGGCCAGUUCCCAGGGGACCCGUGUCAUGCCGGCUCAUUUGUUCAGUUUUAUGAUGGGCGAGACAGGAGCUCACCGCCUCUUGGACUUCCCCUGUGUGGAAAGAGUCCCCCCCGCCCAGUACUCUCAACAGGAAACUAUCUGACCCUACGGCUGGUGACCCGAGGAAACCAACCCAGAGUCGACUUUGUGGGAGACUUCACCUCUUUCAGACUAGGUUUCAACCAAUCACAGUGCAGCACUGAGCCCUACUUCAUCUGUAGGAAUGGGAAGUGUAUCCCUGUCAGUCUGGUGUGCGAUGAGCAGGGCAUUGACAACUGUGGAGAUGGAAGUGACCUGACCUCAGGGUGCAAAGCAGAUCAACCCCCCCGUCCAGAUGCUUCACCAUCAGUAGCAACUCCACCACACGCUGUGGUAAAACCAUCCACUGGGGCAGUUUCCCCUCACGUGAACUGUGACGUACCGGACAGCACACCCAGACACAAGUCAGUCAGAGAUCCUCCAGGCUCAGUGACCCUGUUGGUUCUUUACGUCAUCCUGGGUGUGGCAGCCAGCGCCAUUGUCCUGUGCUGGUGCUGUUGGUCCCCUGGCUGGUUCCUGUGGCGUGUCAGCGCCUGCCGCUUUUUGCCUUACUGUAACUCAGCCUGUGCCUCAUGCCAGUUCUGCGCCCGCAACAGCAGCACCAACAAAGAGCACCGAGUGGCAAAAGUCACCCCACAUGCACCAAUAAAUGGAACCCCAGUGAGCACGGCGGCAACCAACAAUAGUCCAGAGGAAAACGUUCUGCCUGUGGCUGUUUGA